AUGUCGUCAGAAACAGCGGUACAAAACACGCAAAACAACGAAAUUUCUUCUGAAGAUGAAGUCUUAUCAGUUCUUAAAAGUAAGGUCCAAAAGAAAGCUAAUAAAAGGAAAAGAACACCAAGAAAACACUAUGUUGAUCAACAGUUAAUGCCACAAGUACUCGUACAUGUAAAAGUUGAGGAAGUAGAAGACGAAGACGAAGGUCCAUUGGAUUUCAGUGGGUAUCGUAAAGAAAAUGUCUCCACAUCAUCAGAGCCAAAGCCCCCAAAACCGAAACGUAGAAGAAGGCCACCCGAUAAACCAAAAAAGAAAAGAUUAUUUAAAUGUCCACAGUGUGAUGCAGUAUUUGAACAGAAUGUAGAUCUAAAAACACAUGCCAAAGAACACCAAGUUGUUACAAGACAUAAAUGUGAGCCAUGCGGGCGUUAUUUCAACAAGGCGUUCAGUCUUCGUUUACACAGUCGUGUACAUAUGGAGAAGAUGGAAAUUUGUCCCAUCUGCGGCGCUGCUUAUACCCUAAAAAUCAACAUGCUCCGACAUAUGAAUUCACAUGAACCGACAGAGCCAUGUCCAAAGUGUUCGUCAAAGUUCCAUACAAAGAGUCUGUUGGAAGAACAUAUGCGUGUGCAUGAAGUAAAAGAAAAUUCUGGAGAAAUUACAAAAAAUGAAAAUAAAAGAAAAAAAACGAAAGAAAAAACAUCUUCACCUUCGCAUCUCAUUAAAUCUGAAGUAGACUCUGAAGAAAACGACGUCAGUGACAACCAAAACAUGUCGAACAGCUUUGAAGUCUAUUUAAAAAGGGACGAUCUGAAUCAUGCAACUCAGUGUGCAAUUGUCAGCAAAAUGCAUAAGGGCAGAACCGUGUCUGACAUCUGUAGGCUGUACAAUUUGACACCCGAAGUCGUGAAUGAGAUUUGGGAGGAUAGAGAUAACUAUGCUCUACCAAAGAAGGCCGGCAAAAAAUACAUGAAUAGCAUACUCGAUGCCAGGAUAGUUGAGUGGUUCCAUAACCAAAGAGCGAACGACGUGCAAGUGUCAGGAAAAAUGUUGCAGGAUAUUGCUGAAACAUUUGCUAAAGAGAGUGGUUUUGUUGCAUUUAAUGGUAGUAAAAAAUGGUUGGAUAGAUUCAAAGCGAAAUAUAAAAUUUCAUUGCGAGGAACACCACCUAAAAGAGACUAUAGUAAUAUAGCAUUUGGAUGUAAAUGGAAAAACCUGUUCUUCAAAGAAACCUGGUGUGAUGUCCGUCUUGGAAUUGCUGAUGAAGAUAUUUACACGGGAGACGAAGUAGGAUUCUAUUUUAAUCCAUCAAAAGGCAGAAUAAAAAAGAUGUCGGGAAAGAAAUUCAUUCAGGGGUAUGUGAAAGACCGUCUUUCUAUUUUCAUUUGUGCCAAUGUGACUGGUAGUGAUAAAAAACAGUUAGUUGUGUGUGGUACAGAGGACCCUUUAGUGCAUUCUCAUAGGAACCCAGAUACAUUACCUGUGACUUAUAUAAGACAUGCUCAAGCCCAUUUUACGACGCAAAUGUUUGAAGAAUAUGUCAAAUAUUGGAAUAGAGAACUACAAGUACAGAAUAGAAAAGCGGUGCUCAUUCUGGACAGAGCAACAAUUCACUCUAAGCUAGUGUUGUCGAAUUUAAAAUUAGUCUUUGUCCCAUGGAAGGCGUCAUCCGGUUUAGUACCUGUUAGAAACGGUAUAUUUACCAAAUUUCGUGAUGAAUUUCGAAGAUUGUUUCUUAUGGAGAAAGCUAUGAAUGCUGUAAGGGGGGUAGAUAGAAAUAUGACUUGUCUAGAGGCAUUAAAUAUGUUAGAGAAAGCUUGGGAACGUUUGCCGGCGCAUGUAAUAAACGCCGGUUUUGUGUCUACAGGCUAUGACGUAAAGAAAUUAGAUGAACCACCGGAAAGGCGAAAAUUUAUAGACAAUGAAGAAGAAAUGUUAUGUCAGUUUUUAAGAGAUUACGAUGUCGAGCCAUAUUUCACGGAUCUUUCACAUCUUGACAUGUACCUAACAGUUGACGAAGAACUAUUGACAGGUCAAGGGACGAACGGAUCUGUUUUUGGCGGGAAUCAUAAAGUCACUGAUCCUGUAUCACGCGAAAGAGAGAAAGAAGAGUUACUUCCAAUAGGGACGGAUAAACCAGAGUCCAGUGAUGCAGAGAAUAUGGUUAAAAAAACUAGAGCUUUAAAGGAUUUAGAAAUCGUAAGGGAUUAUUUACAAAGUACAGACACUCCAUUUGCGGCAUACUCUGAUUUUAUGACCAUAGAAACGUUCCUUUUGAGAAACCCUUUCAAUGAGGAGUCUGGAUAA